GUGGGGGCGAGGGGGCGCUGGAGCUCCACCCUCCGGGAGCCGUUAGCGGAGAGCCGGCCGCGCUGCGAGGAGGCGGCGGCGGCGGCGGCAGUAGCCGUCGCCGCCGGGGGCGGCGGCCUGCGGGAAGCCUUCCCUGGGGUCGGGCUCCUCGGAGACCCGUGGCCCUGAGGAGAGCUACGCGCGCCGAGCGCGGGUGAUGGGGCCGAGGGCGCGGGCGGCGGCGCGGCGGUGGUGACCGCGGAGAAGCCCGAAGGCCGGCCUGCCCUCGCCCCGCGCCCCGUCCCCGCCGGUGCCCUGGGCCGGCGGCGGCAUCAUUCGCAGCGGCAGCGUCGUCGCGGCCAGCGGGCCCGGGGGCGGCGGCACUGGUGGUGGCCGUGGUCGUGGCCGUUACGGCAGAGCAGCCUUUCCCGGCCGAGUGCGGGGCCCGGCGGGCGGGUGCGGGCCGGCGGGCACCGCGCGAAGGCCCCGGCCCGGCGUCCUCGAGCCCGCACAGCCCGGCGGCGGAAGCGGCGGAUGCGGCCGAGGCGUCACGGGCUGCGGCUCAUGGAGUUGGAGAACCUGGUGGCGAACUCGCUGCUGCUCAAGGCGCGCCUCGGAGCAUAUGGCAAAAAAAGUGGUCGUAGUAAAAAAUGGAGGGAGAUGCUGAAGCUGCCCCCUGUUAGCGAGUGCAACCAGCUGAGACAGUGCAUUGAAGAGGAUUACAGCAGUCUUUGUGACAAGCAGCCAAUAGGAAGGCUGCUCUUCCGGCAGUUCUGCGACACCCGAGACAACCUGAAGCGCUGCAUAGAGUUCCUGGAUGCGGUGGCAGAAUAUGAAGUCACCCUUGACGAGGACCGAAGAGAGCGUGGACAGUUAAUCUUAAAAACGUUCUUCAUUAAUGAGACCUCGGCAGCCCCUUUGCCCCGGAUUUCUGCCCGCAUCGUGAGAGUGUGCAGGCUGCAGCUGAAGGAGAACCCCUCCAAGGAGCUGUUCAACGAAUGUGUCAGAGUUGUCCAUCACUUUUUAAGUGGAAAACCAUUUGAAGAAUACCAAGAAAGCCCAUAUUUUUCUCGAUUUUUACAGUGGAAAUGGCUGGAAAGGCGGCCAGUAACAAAGAAAACAUUUAGACAUUACAGAGUUCUAGGAAAAGGUGGAUUUGGAGAGGUUUAUGCCUGUCAAGUGAGAGCUACGGGGAAGAUGUAUGCCUGCAAAAAGCUAGAAAAGAAAAGAAUAAAGAGGCGGAAUGGUGAAGCCAUGGCCCUAAAUGAGAAAAGACUCUUAGAAAAAGUGCAAAGUAGAUUUGUAGUGAGCUUAUGCUACUCGUACGAAACCAAAGACAGCCUGUGCUUGGUGCUCACCAUCAUGAACGGCGGGGACUUGAAGUACCACAUCUACAACCUGGGCGGCCCCGGCAUCGAGGAGCCGAGGGCGGUGUUCUACGCGGCGGAGCUGUGCUGCGGCCUGGAGGACCUGCAGAGGGAGCGCAUCGUGUACAGAGACCUAAAGCCCGAGAACAUCCUCCUGGACGACCACGGACAUAUCCGGAUUUCAGAUCUCGGGUUAGCCUUGGAGAUCCCAGAAGGGCAGACAGUUCGAGGAAGAGUCGGAACAGUCGGCUACAUGGCUCCUGAGGUGAUCAAUAACGAGGCCUACACCUUCAGCCCGGACUGGUGGGGGCUGGGCUGCCUGCUCUACGAGAUGAUCCAGGGGCACUCCCCCUUCAGGGGGUUCCGGGAGAAGGUCAAGCGGCAGGAGGUGGAGCGACGUGUGCAGGAGGACACGGAGGAGUACUCGCCCAGCUUCUCGGAGGACGCCGAGUCCGUCUGCAGGAUGCUGCUCACCAAGAACCACAAGGAGCGCCUGGGCUGCAUGGGUGACGGAGCCGCUGGCGUGCGGAAGCACCCCGUGUUCCAGAACAUUAACUUCAAGAGGCUGGAAGUGCACAUGUUAGAGCCCCCGUUCUGCCCUGACCCGCAAGCGGUUUAUUGUAAGGACGUCAUGGAUAUCGACCAGUUCUCCACGGUGAGAGGCAUCUACCUGGACGCCACCGACACCACCUUCUACAGCCAGCUUGUCACGGGCUGUGUCCCCAUCCCCUGGCAGAAUGAGAUGAUCGAGUCGGGAUGCUUCCAGGACAUCAACGACAGGGAAGACCGGGAAGCCCGGGAAGCUCAGGACCCCCGUCAGGAAGGCAAAAGCUACCCCAAGAAGCCAGCCCGGCCGCUGCAGAAGGAAGGCUUCUUCCACAGGCUCUUCAGGAGAGCGGGCUGCCUGAGCUAACUGCGGAGCCGCGAGGAGGAGCUGCUGCGGGUCCACCGCCGGCGCAGAGCCCUCCCCACGCCAGGAGCUGGCUCCGUGCUCGUCCUCGCUGUGAAGGCAAUAAACAGGUCUGACGCAGCUUA